AUGCCCCGAACGGCACACAAUAGUCUGGACAAGCAUCGAAUCUGUCCACAUGCAGCCUAUUUUCCUUCGCUGUGCGUAACCUGCUUGUCGCCCAGCAUCACAACAGAGACAUACUCUUCCUUUUUCUGGGUGUCUAUCUGGGCUGGUCUGGCCAAGAUCGGAAUUUUGCGUGCUAGCCUUUCGGCGACUGCAGAUCUCCACUCUCGAAGGGCCACGACCAACUCGUUCGUCCGGUCUGGCAGUCACUUCAAGAUGGCCUCCUACCGACUCUCUCUGCUGCUUGGAUGUGUGCUCCUCCUCAUCAUGGACCUAACUCACGUCACGUACCAAGAGAUCUUCACGGCCAUGUCAGACCUUGGCCAAGCCGUCCAGACGGGUCACGAGCUGGUCGCCGAUCUCUACACUUACGCUGAUCUCGAGGAGGACCGUUUGGCUCGGAUUCGCCAACUGGCCGACAAGUUGGCCAACUUCACAAUAGGCCAUGGAGAAACCGCCUCGGAGCAAGGCAUUUCACAGCAUCUGCCCAAAGACGAGCAAGAAGAGCUCUUGGUUAGCAACCCAAUCAAUGCGUAUUUAGUCGUGAAAAAUCUGGUUGCCAACUGGAAGACCGAGCUGUUGAGUCUGGUACAGCGAAUAAGUCCCAACACUUCGAAGGAGGCAGAAGAAGAUCGUGAUGAGAACUCUGCUGAUGUAGAUGAACUGGGCGCCUAUGGGAAACCGGAAACAAGCCGGCAGGUGAUGGAACGCAUCUCGGAGAAGGUCAGCACUCUGCCUGGCCACGAGGAUCUGGUCGGCGCAGCUGAUGCUGUUCUGCGUCUCCAGACGACCUAUAAGCUCUCCUCGAUCGACCUCUCCGAAGGGAAAGUCGUUCCGGGCGUGUCAUCUCCAAAGCUAACCGGUUUGUCAGCUUGA